AUGUUACAAGUUGCUAUAAGAGCCAUACUGAACAUAUCACAUGCUGAUGAGGAUGAUAACCUUGGGGGUACUGGUGAAGAUCAGGACAACUGCACACUUGAGAUGCCACCAUUUAUUUUUCAGACCCCACCUACUGGUCGUCAGCCGCGAGUUCAGCCAGCCCGUAGCGAUCACAACACAACGAGUGCUGCUAUCAUUGCAGAUCUUCAAGAACAACUUGAGACACGAGAGGCUGAGUUGAAGAGACAUGAUCGAGCCAUGGAGAGGAUGCAACAGCUUAUGCAAGCCGCUAGUCUCCUAACCCCGGAGGAUGAAGAGGUGGAAAAUGAGGAUCCACAAGAGGUGAUAGAUGAGAGUCGCUCAGUUACAUUACUGAAGCUAGAUGGUGAGGCUCUUCACUUAUGGGAGGCGUUGGACUUUGUUUUUCCUGAGGCUACACUUGAUGCCAUGACUUGGGAAGCCUUCAACCACAGUCUUCAGGAGCGUUUUUGUCUUGUAGGAAAGAUGAGGAAUAUUAAGUGGGAGUUCCUUUCAUUGGAAAAACGAACAUUGUCAGUUGCGAAAUACAAUUUGGUGUACUCAGAUAUGUUACAGUUCAAGGAAAAUUACUGUCCUACUGAGGCAAAACAGGUGGAACAUUAUGUUGAGGGGUUACCGCCAGAGUAUCGGGCUAAUGAGAGGCAACGUAAAACUUUGGCGGCUGCCAUGGACGAGGCUAUUCAGAUUGAAGUGGAUAUGGCUACACCAGGGCAUGCUUUUACAAAGAGAAGGGAGAAGAAGAAGUGUGAGGGUUUGUCUAAAUCCUCUCAGACAAUGAAGGGUUACCAUGAAAAAAAUGGUGACAUGUCGGGCUUGUAUAUGAGGUGUCCUUCCUCGCACAAGGGGUCGUGCAAUGUUAGUACUAUGAUUUGA